UAUCAGUCGCCGGCGCGUCAUUCUCGCAACCAUGUGGAAUUUGAAUGAUUUGAAUGAUUUUAUACUUGUGAGUUUGUGAGUUUGUGACUUGUCUAUCCGCAAUACAUUAAGCUACUAUAUAGCAUUACUGACGAGUAACGUUUAUUGUUCAUUGCUUAGUACUUAGUCGUAGAGUUGUUGUCAUAUCAUACUAAUCACAAAUCGCAAAAACUGAAUAAAAAUGAAUUCACAAGUCACAUCGUUAAAGACUAGUGAAGCAAUUAACUGGUUCCAGAAAAGUUUGAAAAAUGCUGCUAAUUAUGGAGUUUCUUCCGAAGAAUGCAAAACGUUUGAAAUUUUCAUUACAUCAACUUUGGCUGAUGUGGACUUAAAAAAGCAGAUAACUACUACAGUUCUUCCAACAUUUUUUGAAAACUUAAUAUCAAGGAAAAUCGAUAAACAAACUAUAGAUGCACAAGUAACUAUAAUAAGAUUGUUUUUGAAAUACUAUGGAGGAACAUGCAAUCAAUUCAAGAAUAUAAUAGAUAAAUUUACAUCUAAAGUAUUAAGUGAAUGUUUUAACGAAGAUAGUAUUGUUUUCAAAGUGACAAAAUAUCUCGCUUUAUUUCCUCAAUAUGGUGGUCGCGGGCAAUAAGGUAUUAAUCAUGCUGAUGCUUGGACGAAUCAAUUUAAUGAUUAUCUAUACUCUGCCAAUUAUUUUUUGAACCAACUUUACACUAAUGUUAACUUCUUUGUCGGAACUGAUGUGACAGAUCAAUAUGAAGGAAAAUUUAAUAUAACAGUUUUCAAUUUAGCUGAACUCGCAAAAAUGACUCCUAAAGAACGUUAUGAAAAGUUGACAUCAGUGUUUAUAUUUUUUAAUACAGCAAUGCAAUCAAUGUUGUUAUCAAUGUUCUCUACUUUCAAACGUCUUGAUUCCAACAAAGUUAUUCAAUUUGCUCUAAGUACUAUGUCUGUUACUUCAGAAAAACUUAAUGCUACAAUGAUAACUGACGAUGUUAUUGCAUUAGAUUCUGUUUUAUGGAAAUUACACUCUUCUGCCAUCAAAACCAUUUCAGCCAUUAUUAAAUGUUUUGGGAGAAUAUUAAUACCUCAAGGAACAUUAAUUUGCCGUAUUUUAUUACAAUCCUUAAAAAUGACACAAUUUAAUUCAUCAAAUUCUCAAUAUGGUACAACAAGAUCAAAACUGCAACAGCGUGUGUUAACAUAUCAAGUUCUAUGCUCAUGGCAAUCUGUUGCUGGAUCACAGAGUUCACUUGAAUUAUUUAGUGAAAGCCUUACUUCUGGGAUUUUAUUUGAUAUCAAAUUUGAUAAACCAUCUCUAAAUUUAGUUGUUGAUAAACAAACAGGUAAAAAAAGAAAGAGUGGUGCUCUAAAUCAAAAAAUUAUGGAUCAACGGGAUACUAUUGUUAUGCAUGAUUAUCAUGCAAAUCAUACUGUUUGUAAUGAAGCUCAUAAGACACUUCAGUUAUUUUUAAACACUUUAUCAUCAAAUUUGAAAGUUCUGCAAUUUAAAAUUUUUCAAAGUACGAUCAUGGGUUUGCUAUUAGAAGUUAUUAAGUGUCAACGGCCAAAUGAUUAUCCUCUUCCAUAUUACGACGAUCUGUGUCGUCUUAACCUAUACAAGUCAUUGUUAGCUGUGAUUAUUUCACCGCAUUCACAAUGCAUUGCACACACAACUAUAGCAUUACGUGUUUUUACUUUUGGUACAACUGAUCGUAAUGAAAAAAUAAAAGAAGUUUGUAGAUCAUCAUUGAGUGAGCUUGAACAUAUUAUCCGUCCACGUAAUGAUACAUUAUUUUACCCUCUUGAAAAUGAAAUAGAAAUUCCACUAUGUGCUCAAAAUACUAUACCAGAAAACAAAACUCAUUUUUUAAAUGAAAUAGUUGAAGAUUUUACUCUACCUAAUCCAGUAAAAGGAAUUAAGGAUGUUAAUACUGAAAAUGUUCAGCCAAAAACAAUUCUACAACCUUCUCUAGAUAUAUCAAAAAACAAAACUCAUGUUCUAAAAAAAAUAACUGAAGAUUCUACUACACCCAUCAAAGCUAAAGAAUUAAAAAUUAUUAACACGGAAAAUGUUCAGCCAAAUACAAUUUCACAGUCUGCUCAAAAUGUUAUCCAAGAAAACAAAACUACUUUUUCUAAUAAAACAGUUGAAAACCCAACUUUACCUACUGAUGUAAAAGAAUUAAACAAUUUAAAUACUGAGCCUGUUCAAUCAAAUAAAGUAAUAGAAUCUAUGGAUGUUGAUAAUAAUAUGGACUCAAGCUCUGGUGAUGAAUUGCCAAUUCAAAAUGAUGAGGAGGAAGAAAAUUAUACAGAUAUGCUAAACGACUUUAUAGAUAGUGAUUAAAAAUGUGUACAAAACUAUUAUGAGAUUCAAUUAAAUUUAAAGUAUUUCAUAUACAAUUUAAUAUUAGGUAUUUGACAAUAAUUUAUCUCACCUUGUAAUCCAAUACAUUAUCUAAAAAAAUAAAUAACCUUUUACAUUUUUCAGUUAAA